AUGGGUGACGGAGCCCUAGAGGAUGGUCGACUUCUCUCCCCCUGGCCCACUGCCAUAUUUCUCCUCGUCGGGAUCCUUCAGCUCAUUGAUCGAUUCAUCGGCCGUCUCAAAAAGGUUGUCCCCAUCUCCUCGCCCAUCUGUAUCAGCGGUCGGUUCUUCAGAUUUUUGGGAUUAUUAAAUUUAGGAUUAAUUUAGUUUUCUUUCGUGUUCCUAUGUUUGAGAGUUGCUUUCGUGAAGAACCAUAUUCCCUGCUAGGGUUGAAUGUAUUGCAUUUUAGCUAUGCUGUUGAUUAGGGCCGAGAUUGCAAAUCUAAAAGACAUGGCUUUUCUCGCAAGCUGUUUUUUUUUCCUGCAUGUUGGUAUCUCUGUUUGGUCAGCUAGUCUGAUAAUCUUGAUCAUAAACCAAUGAAGAGAUUAAGAAUUAGGAGCAUAUGUCACCCAGAGUAUUGAGAGAAAUUCGAAAGGGUAGGAAAUAUAAAUCUCGCAACCUUUCUUGUUGGUAUGAUAUAUUUAUUCUUCUGAUUAUGCUUUUUUUUGCAGAUGACAGAUUAGCAAUUUGCAUGUAUAGAAGUUAUAUUUGUCAAAUUAGAAAAAUAACUUUGCAAAGGUAAACUUUUAUCUGUAGCUUCACGCACACCAUUGGGAAGCUCAAGAUGCUGAAGCACAUGAUUUUCGGAAUGCUAAGUUGGGUGCUAGAUUUUUUAUGGUGGCUAGCGUACCAUUCCUAGGUAUACUUUGCAUAAAUAUAUAUAUAUAUAUAUAUAUAUAUAUAUAUAUAUAUGUGUGACCUUUGGCUCGUAUAAGGUCCCAUGAAAGGGUACUUUACUAUCCAAAAGCAUUUAUAUAUUCGAAUUGGAGAAAAUGCACAAGAAAGUCCGCUGACCGAUGAAGUCAUGGGCUUUGGUUCAUAUCUUGACGCCCCAAGCCUAGUAAGCAACCACGUCAAGAUGAGGAGCCUUGUGUUGGGUUCUGUGGCUUGUUUGUUGAAGCUCAGGUGAUACACGGUUGCUUCACAAAGGAGCGGGGUCUGAAAUUCAUAUCCAUUUUUGCCGGAAAAAAACUGAAAAUGGUGAAAUGUCUGUGUGAUUUUGACAGUCAGCUACAGUGGCUUUACUUCAGCCUGUGUAGCCAGGGUAUUCAGGUUAAUCCAAGCUAUCAGGUUAUUGGGUUUAGACGAGUGAGGGGAAGGAGGGGAACAACAAUGUUAUUAGGUUUUCUUUGUGUUGUCCUUUAAGAAUUGUGGACACAUUUGGGGGAUCCAUGGAUGUAUGAUUUGUCAAACAACAGAUUAUUCUUAUUUUCUAUUUCUUUGUUCUGUAUGUGUAUUUAGGUGCGUAAUUAUGUUGAAAUCAAACGACAAUGCUUCUGCACGUCAUUCAAGUUAUUCUCAUUUUGUGGGAUCACAGCUCAGGUUUGUGGUAGAGACCAUUUUAAUCUGUAUGGUAAGGAUGGACAACCAGAUGAAGAUGCAAGCCAAAAAUGUCUGAUUGGAAGGGCAACAUCAAUCUGUGACAGAUGAGAUGUUAUGCAUUUGCAAGGAUACGUGGUGAUAAUAAGAUCAAAACUCUAUAGCGAGGAUUGAGGAGAACUAGAAAAAAAGAGACGUCAGAAAAAUGUAGAUAUAUCUUAUAUAUAUAUAUAUAUAUAUAUAUAUAUGGCUCUUUGCAUUGUGAUGUUAGAGAAGAUGGUAAUUGAUUUGUAGAAAGGAAUCGAAUUUUCGCAAUAUAAUAUAUACAGCUCAAAUAGUGGGAACAGGUUGGCAGAUGCAAAGAAGUAGAAAGAGAAGGAUGGGUAGAAGGAUGAGAUGCACCGGUGGGAGGAGGCUCUGAAGUCAGACUGGAGGGGUGAUCAUAGUUCCCAUCAUUCCUCUCCUAGGGAGAAACUCUGACUACUGAUAUGUCUGGUCCCGUUUCAGGAACUUGACGCUGAAGAAGGUGAUCCUUAAUCUGCCGUGAAGCAUCAUGAGGUGGAUGAUCUUUUCAUUUGAUGAGAGAGGGCAAAUUUCCUUUUAGAGAAUGUCUUGGCCUUUUUACUCGUGAGGACAGAAUUCAAAAGAGCUAGCUAAAGGUGGCAAUGGUAGAAGAGGCCAUCACAGCCUUACCUACAGGGACCUCAGGAGACAGAGAAGAAAGCUCAAAGAAAAUAAUGAAAUAAAUUCUCUACAUUGGAAAUAAGAUUAUUAUUUCUAUUUGACGGAAAAUAUAAUGGGUAACCAUUCGAUCCUUAAUUAUUGAUGGCAUGAAAGGGACCAGUAGUUUAUGGAUGAAGUUUCUCUGAGUAAUGAAUGAUGUGCUGCCAUCGCAGAGUCACUUUCUCUGAACCCGAGAUUCAUGUGCGAGGAUAUGUGGCACCUUUGUGUUUUUUGACCAUAUACGAUGAUCAUAUGAUGAAUUCAUCAAGAAUAUAAUGAUUUGUUCUUAAAAAGAAUGAGCUAACUUGGAAGGAUGAGGAUACAAGCGAAAUGGAAUGAUGUUAAGGGGAAACACAGGCUAUGUACCAAGAACAACCUGAAAGGAGUUUUGACCAAUCAUUUGAUCAGUGAACCUGUCAUAUGCAAUUCAGUCGUGUAUGGCAGUCGGUAAAAUCAGGUCCCACUUGGUUUUCUAGUCUCCUUCUGACCUUUCUGUUAGAUCAUCAUCUAAGGGUGGAAAGCCAGAUAGCUUUAGUUGAGUAACAAAGGUUUUCCAUUGAGUUACCAGAGAAGCUUGUAACUUUUGCAUCUCUGUCAGAAUCAGUUGGCAUGUGUAAGACUAAAGAAGAGUUUGGCGGCACACGAGGCACGAGAGGUUUGCUGAAUGAAAUGGAAGGUGUCAUUUUAGAGUAGUCCACUUUCAUAAUGGCAUCAUUGUCCCCUGGAUGUUUUGGGAAGUUUUGGAAUAAUAUCAGACUUACAGAGGUGUUAUGAAGACCAAUGUUUGGCUCCCUAGUCGUAGCCAUUUGAUAUCUGUGGUCUUAGGGGACAAUUCAUUCGAUGUCGCUAUGUGUAGAAGGCCAGAAGGUAAUCCAUUAAGUUGACUUUCACCUCUGUUUACUUAUUGGGAAGAAGGUUCUGAUCACAUACAGUUUAUCAGGUGUUGGUAACAUGUAGCUAGGCGAUCCUAUUCAUCCAAAUAAAAUGAAUAGUGGGAAAUCCUGUGUAGUAAAGACAUUCAAAUAAUCCGAGCAAGGGGUAGUACAAUGGAUGGAAAAAAGGAGGAUCAUCAAGGUUCCUAAUUUUUUUCUAUUUCUAGGUUGUGGGAGGGAGUCCAUGGAUGUAGGCUGCCUUCCAUCUCGUUGAUUGCUCACAUUCAUAAGGGGGAGAGAGAAAGAGGAUGAACAGAAGAAGAGAGAGAAGGACAAAUGAGAGAUUGGCAGAAGCCCUUUGUGAUGUGCAGAUGUGAAGAGACUAUCUUCUUGCAUGCCACCAAAGGUAGGGUUCUUUUCUUAAUGCUAGUGGGGUUACAAAGGGACAGAACACGAAUUCAUCUAACAUGACUGAAUGGACAUUAGAGGGAAAAACAGUUGUCAAAAAGGUAGGUCUUCCGGGUUAUUAGGUCCAAGAUUGCAGUAGCCCAUCCAUGGGUGCAGAUCAUAGCCUGUGUAUUGUAUGAUUAUUUUCGAACUUAUGUACAGUACAUCCAUAAGCCAUUUGAGUGUUGUCAAGAGAAGCUCGUUCCGAUAACCUCCAAAUCACAACACUGCAAAUGUAGACCUCAUUCACCAUUUACUUUUUGCACUUGCGUCAUCUGGUGAAGCCUACAUUUUGACUGAAAGAUGCUAUCGAGCUUUAACAAGCAAUGUUACCUUAAUCAAAGUUGUUUUACGGAAACUUCAAGAUGAUACUGAAGGGAUAAUGGCUUCGAUCCCUGCUGGCUUCACAUUAGAGUGAUAUUAGGAUAGCAGGUGAUGUCAGGCCACUUUGAAUGCCGUUUUGAGGUGAUGCCAUAAGGUCAAUAAUAUCAUCAAUCUAUGUCAUUGAUCCAUCAUUUAGGAUUGUAAAUUGAUAAAUAUUCUAGUAAGCAACAGGAUUUCUGAGAAUGAUACAUGUGAAAUUAGCUCUGUUAGAUAGAUUAGACGACGAUCCUAGAUUUCUUUAUUUAUUUAUUUAUUUAUUGAGUUUGCUUUCGUUCUUCUCGUUGUUUCAAAUGAUAUGAGGUAAACAUAUUAUAAUCUCUUGAUUUCUUGAUAUUAUGUUCAUCUAACACUUUCUUGCCAACUGCAGCUUCAUUGAAUGUAUAAUCUUUGUAACCUCACUUUAUUGCUAUUGAAUCGACCAUGUUUCUCAGAAAGAGUCAAGAACCGCAGAGGAGAAUCAAUUGAUAGAAGAAAUAAAGGAGCUUUUAAAGCAGGCCAGCUUGCUAUCGACGUAGGUUUCUAUUACUUCAUUGAGUCCAUUCUCUCAAGAACCAAAAUACAAUCUGGUUCUUAUAUAUUUUUGGGAUCAACUUGGCAGCUUGAAUAAUUUUUUUGAUGGCGCUUAUGCGAUAUUUCAUUCCUCUCUUUCUUGUCCUGCAUAUUUUUACUUUUCUUUCUCAUAUAUCAAUGAGCUGCUUUUUACUGGUAAUUUUGGACCAGUUUGUUUUCAGGGUUUUCUGGAUUUAGUUGACGGGGGAUAAAAAAGGAAACAUUCAGAGUCGUGACAUUCUUUACCCAGGAGCUGCAAAAAGAGUAAAAAUUGAAUCCUUAAGAAAACGAAUAUAAUAGAGCAAACAGCAUUCUUGAGUAGUUAAUGCAAAAGUAAUGAAUGGUAAUGUUUACUUUCGCCAACAUAUAAAACCCGAGAGAAUCAGCAAUUUUUUGAAAGUUAGUGCUUUAGAAAAAUGAUGAGUAAUCUUUGUCUGGUUCUUCAGUGUCAUUCGUUCUUUGGAUGAUAUAAGAGUGCAAGGAUAUGCCAAUCUUAUCACUCAUUAAAAUUUUGAUUUAUAUUUCCCCGCAUGGCAAUGGCAACCUUAUUAACUUACGUUUAUGGUGGGUUAUCUGGGCCAAGGUCUGAAAAAGUUAUUCUGUGGAACUAAUAUGUUGAUCUGUUUACGUGAUGAAAGGGGAUAACUUCCUUAUUUAUGUGCCCCCCCAGAAAUGAAUAAAUGUGCUGCAGAUAAAACCCAAAGAUUAGAAAGUCGACAUGUUCUGACAAUUUCUUUCAAAAAAAUUAUGAGGAAGUCAAUAAAUGAUCCGAAAGUUAAUAUUUUAUAUCUCACCAUCAUCGGCCAAUUGAUUUUUUCUUUAAAAUUCUCCACUGAUUUUUAUUUAAAUUAUAUAAAAAAGUUUCUGGAACUUGUUUAUUUGACAGUUCUUGUUGUUGAAUUUUUCUUCUUUUAAUCAUAAAAAAAAAUCGACUUCAUUUUUGCAUGGAGGUUUAAAUCAGUGAAAAGUUAUUUGGAUUAAACCAAACCCCUUUCGAGGUAUUUGAUUUAACCUAUUAAACUUUUAGUUUAUGAUUCUCAGUUAUACUUAGAAGAAUGAUUACUUAUUACAGAACGAAUUGACUGAUGAAUAAGCUAAACUCUUUUGGAAUGACCCAAUAUGUAAAUUCUCUUCAGAAGGUUUUUAGAGAUUUAUGGAGAACUUACCUUGAAAAUACAUCGGUCAGGAAUUCAGUGUGAAUACACACCAUCAGGACAUGAAAACGGUUCCCAUAAUUAGUGAAUAAAAUUUGGGCUAAGAUUAAUUGCAUUGGGUUUCUUUUUAUGUAUCAACUAGAUCUUCUUCUUCUUCUUCUUCGUUUUAAGAAUCACGUUUAGGAUGCCUCUUCUCUCUGUCGAUCAGUUUAUUUUGCACGCCAGCUGUUCAUAUUCUAUUUGUUUUCAUGUCUGCAGACCAUCCUCAUUUGCUCAUGCUGCGAAGCUUCAACGAAUGGCAGCAGCUAAACAGAAGGAGCUUGUGAAGAGUAAGUCAACAUUAUUAGGAAACAUGUUCUGCUCCAAAUCCAUACCCACUUUCGGAAAAAAUGAUUAGAAUGUUGAUCUACUCCUCCUUUUCCAUAUAAUGGUUGAAUUCCCAUUCAGGGGUUGAAGGUAAUCGCCUGCUUUCUUCAAAGAUUCGUUCUCAUUCUGGUCCAGGUUGAAGUCUGGCUCUUUCAGGACCAUAAAAGGCUGAUCCCGAAACUGGCCUAUUAAAAAAAUUGUGGAAGAAAUAGUCAUGAAAGAACUUCUUCUAUAAAUAAAAAAAAUUGAUAGUUCUCUGAUUUUUCCUCCCUCUAAAGUCCUAAAUGUUAAUGUCUUUCAGUUCAGCAGGAAAAUAAAAAGAACAAAAGGGUGUCAUAUGAUUCAUGUGCAAGGGCUUUUAUGCUUCUGAAGGUCCGUUUUGGUGGUUCUCUGGCUGAUUUUAGUUUAGAAUUUUAUUUUUUUAUCUGGAAAUUAUCACUCUUUAUCCACUUAAUAAAUAUUUAUGGUUGGAUUUUUUUUGCAGGUAAUCAUAUAUCUUGGCCUUAGCUGGUGGUUUUGGGGAGUUCCCAUUGCAGAGGUCCCUCGACAGUUUCUGCAACCUUUGGGUGAAAUAUUUAUUAGAUUUUAUUUCCUUAUUUCUCUCUGUUUCACCAACUAUUUUAUUUAAUUAGACUUUUUUUGGCACCUUAUAACAUUAAAAUUCCCAAUUCCAGUAAUUAAAUCGGAUCUUACUAUUUUUGGCAACUUGUGGAUGAUUCUGUAAACCGUGGCCUAUUUGGGUAAAAGAACUCCAAGAAGAUCGGACUUGCCGAUUGCCUUCAUCUGAUCGGUCUUCUUCAGGCUCAGCUUAUCUUAAUCCGGCAUGUUCUUGCAGGGAGGAUGCUGUCGUGGAGAGCUGCGGAUCCGGCAACUGACGUCAUCAAGGUACGAGAGAGUUCCCCAACAAGUGCUUCAAGCCCUGGUUAUGGUUGACUUGACUGGACCCACCCCGCUGACCAUCAUCUUCUAUCUGAACUCAGGUUGGGAUAAUUCCCUGGCUGGUGCUGACCAACCGGGUCAGCAAGUUUCUAUCUCAAAAGCUGCCUGAUCUAUUUCUCUAG